UCUGGUUCAUAGUGGUUUUUUAUCAAAAACUCUUUUGACCAUUGUAACUCCAUUUAUAUCCCCAAAAUUUUGGAAGAAGGUGGAAUAUAUAGAAAAGUUAGAAGAUUUAUUUUUAAAAUUAAAUAUAAAAGCAUCAAAAUAUUUAAAAUACUUUCCUUAUAUUGUUCAAAGAAAUGAAGAAGUUAUGUUAGGUGGUCAACCUAUAUCUCCAUUUGGAGCUGAUUUAGAAAUAUUAUGUCAACGAUUUGGUAAAAAAUAUUUACAUUUUAAACAUAUACCAUCAAUUCUUAUAGAUUUCUUAACAUAUUUAACAAAACCAGAAAUAAUUAACACGAAAGAUUUAUUUAACUUACAAGCAGAUGCUGCAACAUUAUAUGGUAUUAUUGGAGAUAUAGAAUAUGGAGAACCAACAACUGAUUUUAAUAAUAUUCCUUCUCUUGUUUGUUCAUUCAAACUUUUUUUAAAUACACAAAAGCAUGGAUUGUUAGGGAAAGAUGCUUUUUCAAGAUUACAUUAUUUAAAAAGUACUUCAGCUUCAGAUAAAGUUAUUAAAUUGAACUUAUCAAAACUAUAUGAAAAAUUAUCACAAGGAAUUAAGCAAUGUGUUCUAUGUCUUUUACAUUUUUUUAAAACAAUUUCGGAACAUGCUAGUGAAAAUAAUAUGACCAUACUAGCACUUAGUAAAAUAUUUGCCCCUUCAUUUUUCAGAUCCAAAACUCCCAAUGCUAUAUUUACGGAAUGCAUUCCGCUAGCCAACAAAUGCAUGCAAAUGAUAAUCCAAAACCCGGACAUAUUAAUGAAUCCGGAAAAGUACAACGGACAAAGCAGUGAAAGUAUCAGCAGUUAUGAAAGUGGUAGCGAAAAUAAUUUAACAGAAGAUGAAGAUAAAUCUGAUGAAAGCAAAUCUGAUGGGAGCAAAUCUGAUGAAAGCAAAUCUGAUGGGAGCAAAUCUGAUGAGAGCAAAUCUGAUGAAAGCAAAUCUGAUGAAAGCAAAUCUGAUGAGAGCAAAUCUGAUGGGAGCAAAUCUGAUGAGAGCAAAUCUGAUGGGAGCAAAUCUGAUGAAAGCAAAUCUGAUGAAAGCAAAACUGAUGAAAGCAAAACUGAUGAAAGCAAAUCUGAUGAGAGCAAAAUUGAUGAAAAUAAUUCUGAAGAAUGUAAGGACGAAAAUAACAAAAUAAAUAACGAAAGUGAUGAAGAUUCAAAUGAAUCUUACACUAGUAAAGAAAGUAAUAGUAAACCAAGUUCAUUAGAUCAAACUUCUGAAUAUUCUUCUUCUAUUCUUUCAGAUAAAGUAAUAAAAAAGAAAGUAAGCAUAAAAAAAAGUACAUCAAAAAGAUUGUCAUUUGAUCAUUCAAUUAAAUCAGAAAAAUCGGGGGAUUCCAAAAAUUCAUUUUUAAGUGAAAAGACAGAUGAACAGGAUGAUUCCUAUGAAGAUUCAGAAAAAGAAGAAGAUGAAAAAAAAAACAAAAAAGAAAAUUUAAAAAAGGAGCCUUCUAGCGAUAACUAA